UAAAUAUAAUUUAGUAUCGUUAUUAUCCAGGUUAUACAUCUGUAUGUGGGUUACCAUUCUAAUACCAAAAAGUGUUAAUUUGCAUAACUAUCAGCAUUCAUCAAACCCAGUGUUGUGAUCUGCAAGGAAGUAUAGCUGUAUAGCUGAUACUUCUUGAUUUUAUUUCCUGGUGCGAAGAAGUACACAGUACAUCAAGAUAUGGGGAAUUUACUUAAAGUUUUACAAUGCAAAGAAGAGGCAUUUGAAGAUUUUUUUCUUGAUUUUGAAAAUGCAAGACCUUCAGAAGAAGAGAAGGAAGUUUAUGAUCAAGUUUCACACGUAUUAUCAUUCGCUCCAGGAAUUAUUACUGAAUUAAAGUCAUAUAAAGGAGCAGGAGAUGAGAUUCGUGUUGCAAUUUCAAAUCCAUCUUCACAAGAGAAGCAAGCUGACACCUGGCAUGCAAUUAUACCACUUGUUAAACAACUAAAAGAAUUUUUUGAAUUUUCAAAACAUCUGCAAAAAUGCAUUCAAGAAUUACUCCGUGCCUUGACCUGUCACCCCCUUUCACCACUGCAGCAUCUCGAGUCAAAGCAAGCACUGGCAAAACAAUUUGCUGAAAUUCUUCACUUUACAUUAAAAUUUGAUGACCUUAAGAUGAACAAUCCCGCUAUACAGAAUGAUUUCUCAUAUUUCCGACGCACAAUGCAGAGAAGAGGAAUGAACUCUGCUACUCCAGGUAUUGAUUAUGAAGAAGGAAGAUGCAUUUCAACAGAGAUGGCAAACGAAAUGUCUUUAUUUUAUGCUGAAGCAACUCCUAUGUUACGCACGCUAAGUGAUGCAACCACACGUUUUGUUCAAGAUAAUGACGAUGUAGAAACAGACCGAACAUUAGAGGUCCUCAGCACCAUGGCAAACAUUUGUAAAGCCAUGCUUGAAAAUCCAGAUGAUCAGCGUUUCCAGAUGGGAGCAGAUUCCGUUUCAUUUUGUGUCCGAGUGAUGGUUGGUGUUAUCAUAUUAUACGAUCAUGUUCAUAAAGAUGGAGCGUUUGCAAAAGGAUCAAAAAUAGAUAUCAAAGGAUCCAUUCGUGUGGUAAAGGAACAGAAUGCCAAAGUUAAAGUGAAAACUCUUCUCAAUGCUCUCCGAUACACAACCAAGCAUUUAAAUGAUGAAGCAACUCCAAAGGCAAUACAAAAAAUGUUAGAAUGUUGAAAAAUCUUUUCCUCAAUUGUCCCUGUAUACUGAGUGAAGGAAGCCUCACUUCUCAAAUUCCUGCCUUUCAAAACAUUGUCUUCAACAUGCCCACUGAAGGAUACCAAAUCCCCCAUUUUAAAUCUUCAAGCUUUCCUUUUUAGAGUAUUUUAUCCUUUGUUUUAUAUUGGUUUGUUUAUAUUGUAUUGACAUAGCUGGUCAGUUAGCUUUUGAUAGGUUUGUCCAAGCACCUAAUCAUCUAAGUCUUGUAUUAGGAGCUGGUCAGACUGAAGUAUCAGCAUAAACUGCCAGGGUAUAUCUGUAAGGGGCUGAUGGCACAAAAAUUUUGACUUAAAAAUAUGUUGUGGUGCAAACUCUUAAAAUCUUUAACAUUUCUUUAACUCAAUAUUUAGUAAGUGGUGGACUUCAUAUCCUAGCUAGAUGAAAACAUGACAACAACAAUAUUUUAUCAGUUGAAUUACUUUUAAUUAGAAUGAUUUUGUAAUGUUACAAUUUUUAUAUGAACAUAUAUUCGGCUAUUUUCCUUUACUCAAGAAUUUGCUUCCUUGUUUUUACUCGUUGUGUUGAAAUUUUGUUUGAUUUGUUGUGUUGUCCAGUUACCAUUUCCAAUAGUGUUUUUUCAAAGUACUAUUUUUGCUCAAACAAAAGUGACUUGUAUUUAUGAAAUUCUAUUUCUCAAAAAUCAAAUUUUCUUUUAAAUUUAUUGAUUUCAGAAGAUUUGACAUUCAUAUCAAACGGAUUUUAUUUAUUACACCCAAAUAGGCUUAGUUGCUUUGAUAUACUGCAUAUUGCUACACUUUCAAUGCUUAUUUUAUGCUAUACCUAAUUAAUCACACAUCAAAACUUAGCUUCUAAAGCAACUGCUAAGGCCGUACUUGCCCAGGAAUUAUUUUACUCUCCAGCAAUCUGUUCCAUGUCUGCAGUAGAAAUGCACUGUAUUGUAUACCACCAAGCUUCAACAAAACCUUGUAACUUUCUACUGUGAUUUAAUUCAGAAUCAGAUCAAGAUUUUGCUAAAUCAAGUUUUCCACACGUACUAUUAGCUGCUUUCUUAUUAUUUUUCCCCCCCAAAAAAACAUCAACCUAAUUACACCCUCUUGCAGUAUCAGUUUGAUCCAAAGCUAACAGUUUGUUUGACAAAUAUACCGCCCAGAGAUUU